CGGCUACCCGCAUUCGAGGGCGAGCGAGAAGUUCCUUGAGAAUGUUUUACCUCACAGUAAAUCCAGUUCAUGGAGUUGAGUCCUCAGGUCACAGAGCUGGGUUGCAACUUCGACUCUGGUCAAGCUGGAACGGGAGACGGCCAUGGCAGACCGCGGUGAUGCCGCCACGCACCGCCACUGCCUACGUCAUUAUGCUUUGUCCGCAAUCUUAUCCGACGCACGGAAAACCGCGACGAUUACACGAUUACAGACGUUGCCGCGGCAGACCCUAAUACCGGCUGAUUUCUAGACCAUGCUCGCCUCGCCUUCCUCCUCCAACCAUGUCCAAUCCUCAUCCAAAGCCUGUACAGGAACCCGAAGAAGUCUGGAGUGCGGAGGAGGACCAGUACGAAACUGACCCCUUCGUCACUGUGUUCCCUUCGCGAUCACGCUCGGUUGCUCAGCGGAACCCCUCGACUCCGUCCUUACUUGAUGAGCGCGCCCCACUUCUGGGCGCUCCCCCUCGGCCGCGGAAGAAAUUCUUCCGACCACGUCCGCUCUGGCUGGUCCCCUUCGCGAUCACCACUGCUCUCGUGCGUGGAAUGACCCUUGCGCCACGCGUGGAAGUCUAUACCCAAUUGGCAUGUGCGCAAAUACAACAGCAGACCAACCAGGCGAUGGACUCGGCCUUUCAUCCUACCACUGUUCGGGUGCACGGGGACUCUGCGCUUCCCGUCGCAUUAGAUUACCGAGGUGCGGCACCCCCCACGAAGCAGAGAUGCACAUCAGACCCAGCCGUUGCUGCGCGCAUAGCGUGGAUACAAACGGCGUACUCCACCAUUAUGGGAGUUCUGAGUGCGGUCACGACUGGAUGGUGGGGACAGCUCAGCGAGCGGUACGGUCGGACGACAGUCCUUGCCAUCUCUAGCUUCGGCUGGCUUGUAACGGAUGUGAUCUUCAUUAUGAUCUCCAACGACAGCUUCCCUCUCUACGCACACGGAAACAUCCUGAUCCUGAUUGCCCCGAUCUUCGAGGGUUUUCUUGGUGGCUGGUCCAGCUUGCAAUCUGGAACGUCGUCAUAUAUCUCGGACUGCACUUCUAGCGGCAGCAGAGCCUCUAUAUUCUCGAGAUUUACUGGCGUUUCCUUCCUGGGCUUCAGCGUUGGACCCAUCAUUGGAGGCUGGCUGAUCAGGCAUCCCUUGCCCUGGCUAGAAGGGGUGACACACCCUCGUCAGAUCCCAGGGCAUGCUGUCAACUCCGUAUUCUGGGUUUCGGCGGCUGGCUCGCUAUUCAACUUACUUUACAUUCUUUUCAUUACACCAGAAUCUCUGCGGCGGGGUGCCACUAGCACCAUCGAAGCCGAAAUCGAAGCGGAUAGCGGAACCAGUUCUGCCUCCCCUCGUCGUAUAAUCCAUUGAAGCUCGUGGGUAGCGUUUUGCCCCUCUCGCGAUCUUCCUCCCCGUCCGCAUCCCGGUCGACCAAUCCUCGCGAAAACGGCUAGAUUGGAGCCUGACGUUCCUUGUUCUAGUUAUGUUCAUGUUCAUGCUUUGCACUGGACUAUUUCAAAUCAAAUAUCUUUACGGUCGAACUAUCUACGGAUGGGAUGCCGAGCAACUAUCGUAUUACAUCUCCUUGAUGGGAGGUGGUAGAGCUGUCUUCUUGCUCGUAUUCUUUCCCUACAUCAUUUCUCGUUUCAAACCCAAGUCGCCGCCCAAGACUGUGAUAGGUGCUGAUGGACAAAUCGAGAGGGUAAAGCCCACAAAAGGACAUCUCGCCAAAGAGAUGAAAUUCGAUCUCCGACUCGUUCGAAUGUCGCUUUUCAUCGACAUGCUGUCCAACGUUGCAGUCAUCCUCUCCCCCGCGCCAUCAUAUCUCCAGCACAUCGCUGCUGAUGAUCCGCAAUUCCGAAAAUCGCAGGCAAUGUUCGUCAUGUCCACAUGGAUCGGAUCCUGGGGCGCAGGAUUGCCGCCUGCGAUUCACAGCCUCUCCUUGUCGAUUGUGCAGUCGCGAGCUCUGUUAGAGGAAGAAGCAGGUUCGGCCGUUGUCGAUGCUCCGGUCGGUCGGCUUUUUGGUGCAUACGCAGUAUUGCAAGCCCUUGGGCAGAUGAUUAUUGGGCCCAUUCUCUUUGGGUUAAUCUACUCAAAGACUGUGGGAACAUAUCCCAAAGCGAUCUUCGCAUCUUCAGCAUGUCUGACGGCUAUUGGGCUGCUUCUCUCUGUUUUCUUCCGCAACCCUCUGCUGGACAUCAAAGGCAAACGACGAGCCUUGCCCAGACAGCGCGCAGCGGAUCUCCCCCGCGGACGGUCGCGAGGGACUAAAGAUUUGCGCAGCGGGAGUGAAUCCAGCAGCACAAGCGAGACCGAAGAGUCAGAGGCUUGGAGGGGAUGAUUUCGGAUAUUUGGUCGCGAUUCUAUACAAUCUACAUACACACUGCAUGGCACAUGCAUCAAUCUUAUCAUCAGUCCUGUGACCCGCGCGUCGUCCCGGGCAAGCUUUGCGGCAGCGUCCGGAAGCGCGAAUUGCUUCGUCCGGGCUUCAAACUAGCUAUAUCGUGCCAGGAUGUAACUGUACAUCGCCCUUGAGAAAAGGUGGGAUAUCAUGGCGACGGAUAGGGGCUGCUCACGUGCGGUUUCCUUGUCAAGAAUUCUUCUCCAUCGCCCAUCCCAUGUCUCUGUUCAAGAAGAAGUCUUUUUCGCGUUCUGCCACACCGGUCAGCUCGUAUGUAUCUGCCCUGUCUCAAGCUGAGGCACACGGGCUGAAGACCAUGGGCCCGACCUCGACGCCGGCCUUGUCCAUCUCGUCCUCCGUCACGUCGUCCUCCGAGGACACCGUGCUUCAUGAAGACCAGGACAACGAAGAUGGCUUGGCGCUGCCACCCCGUGCCCCCAACUCGUCCGAGGUAUUCUCGACGGUUCACACCGAGUUUGGGCACUGCUCGAAUGACGCAUACCGCUAUGUCUCGCAACACCCCGCUGGAGCUCCUCUCCCCUUGCACGUCGAACAGGACCCCCCGUAUUACAUCCUCUUUUCGACCUACAUCAGCUACCUCAUUCUUAUCGUGCUGGGCCAUAUGCGAGACUUCCUUGGUAAACGGGUUUACCCGGCGUUCUACAGGCACUUAAUGCCUCAUAAUGGAUACGCGCCUCUGAACUCGGAUUUCGACUCGUUCUACACUCGGAGACUGAAAACACGGAUGGAUGAAUGCUUCAACCAGCCCGUGACCGGUGUUGCAGGGCGGACGAUCCAGCUACUCGACCGGUUCUCCUCCGACUACAACCACACGCAGCUCCUGGCGGGUACGCGCACACGCGCGCUGAACAUCUCGUCGUAUAACUACCUCGGUUUCGCGCAGGGCACGGGCGGUUGCGCCGAUGCGGUCGAAGCGUCUAUCCGGGAGCACGGAAUCACGACGUGUGGCUCGCGUCUGGAGGGCGGGACGAGCGACCUGCAUGUUCUUGCCGAGUCGCUUGUGGCCCAGUUCGUCGGGAUGGAGGACGCGACGAUCAGUUCCAUGGGCUUCGCGACCAACUCGACGUUCAUCCCUGCGUUAAUCGGCAAAGGGUGUCUCGCUAUCUCGGACGAGCUGAACCACUCUUCGAUUCGGUUCGGUGUCCGGUUGAGCGGUGCCAGUGUGCGAAUGUUCAAGCAUAACGACAUGCACAGUCUUGAGACGCUUUUGAAAGAGGCAAUCAGUCAGGGUCAGCCGAAAACGCAUCGUCCGUGGAAGAAAAUCUUGCUUCUCGUCGAGGGUCUUUACAGCAUGGAGGGCACGCUGGUCAAUCUUCCUGUGAUUAUGGAGCUCAAGAAGAAAUACAAAUUUUACCUGUUUGUGGACGAGGCCCAUUCGGUUGGAGCUCUCGGGCCGCACGGCCGAGGAGUCGCAGACUACUUCAACAUUCCUCCGCGGUCCAUCGACAUCCUCAUGGGUACCUUUACGAAAAGCUUUGGUGCCGCGGGCGGUUACAUUGCUGGAAAUAAGGCGUUGAUUGACCGGUUACGAAUCCGGGGCCAUUCGGGGACUUAUGCCGAGUCGAUGACACCCCCCGUGCUGACGCAAAUCAUCGCGAGCAUGGCCAGCAUCAUGGGCGUCGCUCAGCCUACUUUGAUGCGCAGCCCAAAUAGCUCGUCUUCGACCCUGCAGCCUGCUGGCGAAGUCGAGAUCUAUCAGCACCCCGGUCGGGCACCCAUUUCGUCUCUGCCCACCUGGCUCUCGCUCCCUCCGGCUCUGGCUGACGGCAGGGAAGGCAACUCCCGGCUCCGGCGCUUGGCGUUCAACUCGCGCUACUUGCACCAGGGGCUGAUCAAACUGGGUUUUAUCACGUAUGGGCACCCUGCGUCGCCCAUCGUCCCGCUGCUGCUGUUCAACCCGGGCAAAAUGAACAUGUUCCACUGCCUGAUGAAGCACCGCCGCACGCCCAUCAUCAUCGUCGUGGUCGCCUACCCGGCCACGCCGCUCAUCACCAGUCGGGUCCGGUUCUGUGUCAGUGCGGCCCAUACGAAAGAGGACAUCGACACGAUCUUGCGCGCUUGUGACGAAGUCGGAGAUAUCCUUGACCUCAAGCAUGGGAUACCGCACAGCCAGCGAUGGAGCGUCGACAUGAUCUGCGAUAGAGCACUGGAGGUUGUCAAUGGAUUGUAGAUGGGAAAGUAGCGUAUCCUUCGUUCCUGUAAUUUUAUCGUACAUAUUUUACCCAGAUUAUACCAUCGCGUGAGUGCGGGGCACAGCAAUAGCGUUGGAUUUUUUUUUACACCCCACUGGCAGAACUUGAACAGCGCAGGUCAGGUUUCUCAUGGGGUGAAUGGCAAGCAAUCUCGUUUCUCGCACGCAGAGUCAACGCCUUAGACUUGCAACGCCUUGUGAAGGAGGCUGUGGUUGGAUCGCUCAAGCCAAGGGCCAGGAUCAAUCAGAACGAAAACGGAGGUUCGAAGACUGGUUGCUGUACAUAGCGCAUAUGUCAUUUCAUGGAAGCAUACUCGACA